AACACUAUUCAGGACAUUUUCGCUUUUGUUUACAUCUAUCUGCUCCUACAUAACAUUAUCGCGCUACGACCUAAAAUCUUCGGACAUAUCCAAAUUGGCCGCAGUUGAACUCGCAUUGCGGGCCGGCGCACAGACUUUUCAAACGACUAGUGCUUUAAUCUUUAUAACGUCUUUUUGUACAUCUUUAUUUAUUCUCCAAGUGUCGUUUGAUAAUCGCAAAUUCCAUUUUCGAAGUUCGGGUAACUCCGAGUAUUUGUGCUGGACAAUUCAGACCACGUCGGUAGUGGAUUCUCUCUCUUUAAGAUACAAAUAGAUUAAGGAGUUAGAUCAAUCAUCUAAGAAAAUGUAUGAUCAAUCAUCUGAGAAAAUGUAUGUUCAACAUGAAGACGAAUAUAUUACUAUUACGGGCAUGUCAGGUCGUCUGCCUGAAUCGUCAAAUAUCGAAGAAUUUAAAGAAAACCUAUUAAAUGGAAUAGAUAUGGUUACCGAGGACGAACGUCGUUGGCCAGUGAAUAAACAAAACAGCAGUCUGUCAUGCCGAUUCGGCAAAAUUAAAGAUCUUGAAAGCUUCGACGCUUCCUUUUUUCAGAUGUCUGAGGAAGCGCAUAUGAAAGAUCCACAACUUCGUAUGUUGUUAGAGGUCACAUACGAAGCAAUCGUUGACGCUGGUGUUAACCCCACUACUCUGACACUAUCUCGUACGGGCGUUUUUGUUAGCGUCAACCCAGAAAAUGGCAAAUUGUACACGGAAACUCCUAGUUAUGCAAACGAAUUCCGAUGUUAUGGAUCAAUGUUGGCUAACAACAUCUCCUCGGUAUUUAAAUUUACUGGACCCAAUUAUGGCACAACCUGUUCGUUGUUCGCUUUGCAUCAAGCAGUUACUGCGAUACGCACCGGCAAAUGCGAUGCCGCUAUUGUUGCUGGUUCGAACCUUAUACUGGAACCGUUGAACUCACUUUAUUUGGAAAGUGCACAAAUACUGUCCAAAGAUGGUAAAUGUAAAGUGUUCGAUAGCACGUAUGAUGGUUACGUAAGAGCUGAAGCAGUGGUAGCGAUAUAUUUGCAGAAGAAGAAAGACGCACGCAGAGUAUAUGCCACGGUCAUUCGCACGAAAACGAAUACGAAUGAUUGCACGUUGGAGUACAGCGGGGCCUCUAACAGGAAAAUGCUGAACAAAUUGAUACGCGAGAUAUACAAUGAAGCAGAGAUUAAUCGUGCAGAUGUGGUUUAUGUAGAAGCCCAUGGUAUCGAUACAGUAGACGAAGAAAUCAAAUCGAUCAAUGAAAUGUUUUGCCAAGAUCGCACUAAAGAGAAUCCACUAUACAUAGGCUCCGUAAAAUCCAACAUGGGUCAUGCAGAAGCCGUCAGCGGACUGUGCUCAGUUAUUAAAGUCUUGAUCGCGAUGGAAACAAACAGAAUCCCUGCAAACUUACAUUUCAAUACCCCAAACUCGAAUAUUUCCGAGUGCAAUGGACGUUUGCAAGUGGUCGCUGAACAUAUGUCAUGGAAUGGUGGUUUUGUCGGUAUAAAUGCAUUUGGCUCUAGUGAUAAUAACGUACACGUCAUUCUUCGCAGUAAUUCGAAGUCACCACCAUCAAAGUCACCAGUAGACGAUAUUUUGAAUAUGUUGAAAAUGUUACUUGUCGUAUCGGGUCGUACGGAGGAAGCCGUACACGUAUUACUAGACAACGCAAAGAAGCAUAAAGAUGAUAAAGAGUUUAUCUCAUUAUUACAUGCUGUGCAUGCCAAUAACAUACCGGGACACAUAAUCCGCGGCUACGAAAUACUGCAGUGCGAUAAUACCCGUAAAUUGACCGGAUUAAGGAAUAACGAUAUGAAACGUCCCAUCUGGUUCAUAUUUUCCGGUUUAGGUUCACAACGGCCGUCCAUAAGUUCCGAAUUACUUUUCAUCGAACCCUUUCGAAAAAGUCUGCGACAAUGCGAAGAUAUAUUAAAGCCUAUUGGCAUUGAUCUCGAGAGAGAGAUUUUAUAUGAAGAUAAAGAAACGAGCCGGAACGUAGUUUCGAACCUAUCGAUUGUGGCUGUCCAAAUCAUUCUCGUUGAUUUGUUGAAGUCAAUGGGAAUCUUUCCUGAUGGCAUGAUCGGAUAUUCUAUUGGAGAACUCUGUUGUGCGUACUGUGACUGUGAAGAAUUCACACUGGAAAAAACUAUCUUAGCGGCGUACCUUAGCAUCAGCACAAUCGAACAUGCAGUAAAAGAAGCAAAAAAUUCCAAUCUGUUAUCAAACACUAUGGUGAAAAUCUGUUUGGCUUGGGAAGAAGUCGAAAAGAAAUGCUCUGGUAUCGAACAUAAUAUCUCCUCUUAUAUCACUUGCAGAUCUAAAGAUUCUUUCACCAUUUCCGGCCCUUUCCAGCCUGUACAACAAUUCGUAGAAAAAUGUCGUAAAAUAUUUGGCAAAGAGACUGCUGUCCAAGAAAUUAACAGUUGUAGUGUCGCUUUUCAUGACAAAAACCUGGCCCAGAUCGAAUCUCAAUUGAUUGCCGCAAUUGAGAAAAUCAUAACAAAACCAAAACCAAGAUCGUCCAAAUGGAUUUCUGGUUCAAUAAAUCCUACAAAUACGGGUGAAAAUCAACGCCGUCAUUUAAACUCAGCGGAGUAUCACGCAAAAAAUAUGUUAUCGCCUAUACUUUUUCGGGAAACAAUUACGCGUAUUCCAAACAAUGCGAUAAUAAUCGAUAUGGCGUCGCAUUUGUGGUCAUACGAUAUUGUUCGCGAAUUAUUGCCAAAAACAGUAACUAAAAUCAAUCUGCAAAACCAUUACAACGCGAAUCAAGCAACUAACGUAAUUAAUCUAUCGUCCGAAAUAGGUAAACUGUACAUGGCCGGCAUACAGCUUGAUAUCUCGAAGUUGUAUACGUCGAUAAGCUUUCCCGUCAGUCGCGGAAGACCAAUGAUCGGACAUCUGAUUAGAUGGGAUCAUUCCAUAUGGUGGAAUGUACCUAGAUAUGAAAUGGAACAAUGGAGUAAGUACAUUGAAAUAGAUUUGUCGAAUAUAAGCCACGUCUCAAUGGGAUAUAAGAUAAACGGAGAAAUGAUUUUUCCACAAACCACUUGUCUAUAUUUGGUGUGGAAAGCUUUUGCAUCAAAGUGGAAUACGACGUUAGACCAGUGGCCGGUGGUCUUUAAGCAUGUACGGUUUCAACAUAUCAUUUUUAUGUCAAGAAAGAAAUGGAUCAAAUUAAUAAUAAGCAUUUCAAAGAACACGGGUGCUUUUGAGAUUUUCGAAGGUGAUAAAUCGGUAGGUAUGAUUGCUAGCGGAUACAUCUAUGCAGUUUUUAUCGAACAAUAUAAAUUCACGUCUCCAUUGGUCAACAAAUUUGAUUCAUCGAUAGUAGAAGACUAUUUUGAAAUAAACGAAAAGGAUAUUUAUAAGGAACUAUAUCUACGCGGAUACGAAUAUAGCAAUGUUUUUCGUUGCAUAAAGUUUUACUACAAUGGCGGUUAUUAUUACAGUGAACUUACUUGGCUUGGUGACUGGAUAUCAUACAUAAAUAGUAUAUUUCAAUUUAACAAUUUGAUGUUUAGCAAACCGCAAUAUAUAUCGUACAUUCAGGAACUCGUAAUUAAUCCUUUCCAACACAAACUUGAAUUAUUACAAAAUUCCUCUUUGCCGAUAUAUAGAUACCAAUACUUUGGUAUCAGUUCAAGUAGCAUUCAGAUUAAAGGAUUAGAAACUUUGACACCUUGGUGGCAGAAACCUCAAAGCAAUAUCAAAUAUGAACAAUAUCAUUUCGUGCCCUAUGAAUUUGGUCCUAAUGACAUUCCGAACAACAGACAAGAUUCCGAGAACAGCCAAAAGCAUAAUACAGCACUUACCGUGUUGUUGCAAAUCAUGUGCGAGAACCUGACAACGUACAAAAUUAAAAUUGUAGAAGUCGCUGAUAAACGAGCUAAAGAAUCACUUUUAGGACCGCUUGUACGCAACAUACUUCUUAGCCUUGAACCCUCGAUUACCAUCAACCUGACAGUGACUAUUGCAUCUUUUAAUGAUUACAUGAAACUCAGCGAGAAGGACCUUAAGUGUAAGAUUGCAACAACGGAUGCAAGCAAGGUACCCCCCGGUGAAAAUGCGCAUCUCGUUAUAGCAGCGGAUGUUUUAUCAAACCACUCUGACAUCGUUCUCCGCAACUUGAUAAAUGCUUUAAGCCCCGAGGGUUUUAUUCUUUUAGAAGAAACUGCCGAACAAGAAAAAUUACUAGAUAUAUCGUCUUAUACAAAUGUGGUAUUGGUCGCAAAAUAUAUUGAUGCAAAAAGGACGUAUAUAUUGUUGAAACAGAAGGAAAAGAACAAAAAUAAGAAAAAGAACAAAAAUAAGGUUAAAAAUAUAUUUAUAACAAAUGAUGUGAAAGAUUGGUUCAAGGAUUUGAAAGCAUAUGAAAAGUAUCAAAACGUACUUCUCAUAUGUCAUAACAGAGAAAAUGAGGAGGAUAGAGUAAAAUUUAAUAAUAAUACUGUUAUUAUCGGAUUACUGAAUUGCAUACGAAAAGAAUAUCGCACUGUUAAAACGCGAUACAUUUAUGAUCAGAUACAUACUAAACCUUUAAAUCCAGCUAUGACAUUGGAAAAUGACUUUUAUAAGAACCAAUUAUGCAAGGAAUUAGUAGCCAAUGUGUAUAAAAAUGAUAAAUGGGGCAGCUAUCGAUACUUACCAUUAGAUGUUGUGCGCAGCAAGUUUUCGGUGGCACACGCCUAUGUCGGCACUGCGAUGGAAAAUAAUUUGCACAAAUUGAUAUGGAUUGAGAGUCCAUUAAAAUCUUACACGCUCGAAUCAAAUUCAGACAAGAUCAUCUGCAUGGUGUACUACGCGGCGAUUAAUAAAGAAGAUGUAUCGUUAGCAAAGAGCACAAUAUUACCGCAAGGUGCCUUAAAACCAACAAUGGACGACCACUAUGACGUGAUUGGGCCGACACUGGGAUAUGAGUUUUCUGGAAGAGACUUGACUGAUCAUACGAGAUAUAUGGGAAUAGUCAAAACUGGAGAAUUGGCGAGCACUGUGCUGGCAGAUAGGAAUUUCCUUUGGGACGUACCCAAUAAAUGGACAUUGAAAGAAGCGGCGACGAUACCGAUUGCUUAUGUGGUUAGCUAUUAUGCACUGUUUGUAAGGGGUGACCUGAAAUCCACAGACAGUAUUUUGAUUCACAAUGGUGCGGACCAUAUUAGCCAAGCUGCAAUUACUAUCGCUCUACACGCCGGUUGUACAGUUUUCACUACCGUUUAUACGCAAGUACAAAGACAACAUAUCAAACGUGUCUUUCCGAAAUUGACCGAUGAGUUUAUCGGCUAUAUGCAAACGUUUAAACGUUUGAUCCUUUUCAAGACGGCAGGAUAUGGAGUUAAUAGCAAAGUGUUUUCAAAGAACGAUCUUGAAGAAGCAUUUACAUGCCAGGCAGGUCAGACCGAUCAUUGCAAUCAUUGCGAUCAUUACACUAAAAAAGUACUACUGAAGAUCCAUGAUGAUGAGAAAAGUACUGAAUCCUUGGACCAAGUAAUCUCUGCUGUACGACGUGUUCACAUGCACCCGUUUAAAACGUACGUGAUAGUCGGUAGUCUCAGUGAAUUCGGCUUAGAACUAGUCAACUGGUUGAUCAUCCGCGGUGCAAAAUACAUCCUUCUAUCUUGUCCGAAAACAUGCAGCAAUUAUCAGAAAUGGCGCGAGCAACACUGGCGUAACAAUAAUGUCGUCAUUAUCACGGACAAUGCUAAAACAGUAUCCGAUGUCACAAAGAUGAUCGAAGAAAGCCAAUUGAAACUACCUCCAAUAGGAGGUAUAUUCAAUCUGGCAGCCGAUUUCAGUGAUAAGACAGUUAAGAAUUUAGAAGAGGACGACUUCAAAGCAGUGAUCAAUUAUCAGAAAUGGCGCGAGCAACACUGGCGUAACAAUAAUGUCGUCAUUAUCACGGACAAUGCUAAAACAGUAUCCGAUGUCACAAAGUUAUUACGCGAAGAAAGCCAGUUGGGACUACCUCCAAUAGGAGGUAUAUUCAAUCUGGCAGCCGAUUUCAGUGAUAUCUCCGACUCAGAUUUAGAAGAGGACGACUUCAAAGCAGUGAUGUUAACAAGAAAUUUUGAUAUGCUACCGGAUCAUUAUUACUCAAAAUUGGAUUACUUUAUCGUAUUUUCGUCCAUGAUAGCUGGCCGGGAUGAGGAAAAUGACAAUGCCAUCACAGCCGAUACUGUACAAAACAUAUCGAGCUGCCUUGAAGCUUUGGAUUAUUUUCUUCAGCUCGAGACUCCUUGUCCUGUGUUAUCUGCGAAUUUGCUCAACGGUGUUACGACAAUCUCCAUGAGUUCGCGUGAACAAACGACCAACAUAAACAGCCAGCUCUGUCGCUCUAAUCCCUACAACGGCAUCUUCGUCGAUAUUCCAUCUUGGCAGUCAUCGACGUGA